UAUUGGUUUUGGUACUGGUAGGCGUCUGUGCUACGGUAACUUCUGAUUCCGAUUUAGUGACUAUUUUAUAUUAAGCUGAUGUCCGAUUCAACAAUGCCGUCACAACAGAAACAAAAACAACCUACAAGAGGUUUCAAGCAAAUUAUUGCUGAAAAUGCAUCAACGGUGCUUUUCUAUCGGAACAUUACACUGGCCGCUGGAGCCUUUUACAAUACCUUCUUCUUUUUCUUUUUCUAUGAGCACAUGUGCCCCUUAGUUAUGUGCAUGAACAUACUGGCGACUAUGAUUUACAUCACUUGCUACCAUUUGAUGAGAUAUGUCAGCCGACCGGAGUAUUCCAUGAUGACUUACCAAUUGAUUGACCCUGGACAUGACCUCAACAUGGAAGGUGGCAUUGGAGAAAACUUGAAGGACAUCAUGAUUAUUACUUCAAUGACUCAUUUGAUGGCUCUUAUCUCGAACAAGUUUUGGCUGGCUCUCCUUAUUAUUCCAGUGAAGGGUUUCUAUCUAUUCUGGGUGAACAUACUCGGUCCCUGGUUCAACGUUGAUGAACUCGAUAACAUUGAAGAAGAAGUAAAACGUCAGAACACUGACCAAAUGAAACAGAACCAGUAA